ACUUUGGUACUCCGCUUCUACUCAUUCGCAAUUUGCAUUUAUAUAUUUUUGCUUGUUUCCUUACCGCAGAGCGUUAAUUGUUCCGGUGGACGAUGCGCUACAGACUUUUUACCAAAAUUUACUCAGAACGAUGAAACUUUCGCCAAAAAUACUUUUAUUGCUUUACACAGCACCAACUCAUUAUUUACGCUUCAUCGAUCUCUUUUUAGAACGAUAUGUUACCUGUAGGAUGUACAAACUGUCAAAACACAUUUCUAUCUUUUAUACACGUUUACAAUUAUACGUGCAAUCAUUUUACCUGUAUUGUUUGGCGUGUUCCCUACGCCGCGCUAGUCUAUUCGCUGAGAGGUGUCAUUCCGUGUCUCUGCACUAUGCUGAAACGAAUUUAUUAACCCCGCGCAACUGCAGAACAUGA